CAGCUUCGACCAGCAUGCAUGAUUCAGAUUCUCUAGCUAGCUGACGAGUCGGCAGGGCGCCGCAAGAAGGGAAGUGCUAAACUGGGGCGGGGUCCUCCUUGGGCGUCUGAGUGCAACCAGCUCCUCUGACCUUCUAGCCUGUUAGUGGAGUUUCAAAAGAAUACCAGACAACGACCGUGGGAAGGAGGCAUAUGCAAGACAGGAUGCAGUCGAUGCAGUCCCCGCGUCUAGUUGCGGUGGGCCCCAUCGGGCCCGACAUGGCGAAUGCAGCUCUGUUGCAGGGGCACUAUCCGUUCAUGGGGUCCGCUCAGCAGAUGCAGCAGGUGCAGCAGAUCUUCCAGGGCCAGGGGAUGCCCUAUCCCCAUGGGAUGCAGAUGAACGGCAAAGGUCAUGGGGGGACUGGGACAAGGAGCGGCGUGUGUGCGUCCCGCCACAUGGCCGCAGAGCAGAGGAGAAGAGCGCGUAUCAAUGAACGGUUGGAGGCCCUACGAAGCCUGGUCCCCCACUCCGCCCGCGCCAACACCGCCGCCUUUUUGGAAGAGGUGUACGACUACAUCAGUGCACUGCACAAGCAGCUCGAGCGGCUCGGCGGGGGCCCUUUUGCGACUCCAGGGCCGUCCCCCCCCACUGCGAUGCUCGACCCUCCCGCUUCCAAGAUGGCGAAUACUGGCGGGGCAACUCAGCUGACGGGAAACAAGCGCGAGCGCAGCGUCAGCGAGGAGAGCGACAUGCAGGCCGGGCACCACGGCCUGGAGGAGAUGACCGGGAACAAGAGCCAGUUUGCGCCAUACCUGCAGGCAGCGCUCCUGCCGGGGUCGCUUCCGGGGUCGCCGCUCUUUGGGGCGUCCACCGCUCCCAUGGUCAUCCCAGAGAUGUCUCUGCGCUCGAUGAUGACAGAGGGCCUGCGGCCUGUCGCGCCGGUGGCCCCAAUGCAGCAGGUGAUGGCGCCUAUGCAGCAGCAAGCAAUGGGGCAGCGGCCGAUUGGGAACGGGUCGAUGCACAAUCUGCUGGAGAAUGGGCUACAGAGGAUGCCAUCACCAUUGGAGAAUGGGCUGCAGAGGAUGCCAUCGCCAGUGGCGGAGGAGCAGGGACUGGGCCCCCAGGCGGACGACGGGAAGUUGGCAGUCGCGCCAGGGCCUUCUGAAGAGAUUGCUCCGGAAGGAGAGCUUCUGGGGUCCCCCCAGCAAGAGCGUGAGCUGUCUGCGGAGGUGGAAGGUACAGAGGGAGCGGGGACGAGCCAAGAGGAGGCCGCGGCAGAGGGGGAGCUGGCAGCACCCAAGAAGCGCGCCAAGAAGUCGGGUCCCACCGUUGAGAUGUGCGGAAUGAAGGCCAGAAACGUGCAGGGAGUGCAUCGCCCCAUCCCCAUGAAGCCUCAGGCUUAGGUAUCGAAAGGAGCACAAGUUCCAGAUGGCACUAUCCUUUUGUUGAAAGGACCAGCAUGACAUAGAGCAGGGACCUCGAAUGAAGGUCUCUGGCUUUGGUUGUCCUCAGGCGAUUUUCGGUACGCAGCUAGAGGGCACCAACACAAUUUUGACCGUUUCUACAAUGUCACAUGGUUCAGGUGUGUGGAGCAUAGAGGCAAAGUCUGCUCAUGAGGAGUAACGAGCGAUAGGUCUGUAUCGAAUCUCUGUAAUCCUAGAUAAUGGAUUAGUCUUUGGAGCCUUGUGAUUUCUCUAUGUUGAAGGUUUGAAGGAGAAAAGGCUUCCUCGGCGUGUGUAUCAAAGCAAUGAGUUGAUUCUUCUCUGGACUUCAAAAGUAGGCCUAGAUAAAGCGAGUGAACAGAGACCCGGCCUCAAGCCGUUUGUUCUACGGACAACCAUACAAUUGUUAUGUUUUCUCAUGAUCACUGCUUUCAUGAUGCUGGAGACUAUUAGUAGCGGGA